CGACAAAGGACUGCUGUGUGGUAGAAAGAGACUCAGAGUCUUAAAGUUUGCCACAUUCAACCAGCCUGUUUCCUGCAUGGCAAACACUUUUUGUGUGUGUGAGUCAGAGGAAAUGACAUCACAGACCUGCCACAAACGUAGUGAAAACAGAUGAGGACCAAACAGAUUGAGAUUCGGUUUUGACAAAGGAAAAACUUGCAGACUAGAGCAGGUUUUGGACCAGCCACUGUCAACAAUGUCUACUGGACAUGGAGAGACACGGCGGGACGCUGCAUGUCAAAGUGGGGCUGUUUUUUUCUCAAACCCUUUGAUGAGUGACGUUGAAUCGGACUGGUCUCCUAUUCACGAUGCUGCCUUUAAUGGACGUACCCUUGCCCUGCAGAGACUCAUUGCACAGGGUAUAUGUGUGAAUUUGAACACGCUGGACCAGGUUUCUCCACUCCACGGAGCGUGUAUCCAAGGCCAUGUGGCUUGUGCCAAGCUUCUGAUGGAAAAUGGGGCAAAUGUAAACAGUUCAACAGUGGAUGGACAAACUCCCCUGUCAGAAGCUUGCGCCCGGGGCCAUGUGACCUGCGUAUCGUUGCUCCUUCAACAUGGAGCGACUCCCUCAGGGACCAGCCAGUCCAGCUCUCCGAUCCACAGGGCCGCAGCUAAAGGUCACACAGAGUGCAUCGAGCCUCUCGUUCGGCACGGCGCAGAUGUGGAUCAGUAUAUCGACCAAUCCGGUUUACCUCUCCACGUUGCCUGCUCCAAUCAGCAUCUGAGCACUGUGAAGAAACUGCUGCAGCUUGGUGCGAGCGUGAACAGCGGCGUGUCCGGUCAAAGUGUGUCUGGGGACUCGCCGCUGCACAUCGCAGCUCGGCUGUCCAGCCCCGAGUUGGUGUCUGUCCUGCUCGACCACGGGGCCAAUCGAUCCCUCAGGAACUCUGAGGGCAAACAGCCGCUGGACCUCGCACCUCCCAACAGCCUGGUGGAGAGGUUGUUGAGACAAGCAGGAGGAGUCUCUACUCUGAUGCAGCUGUGCCGGCUGCACAUCAGGAGAACUGUGGGCAAGCAGAGGCUGGAUGGGAUUCAAAACCUUCACCUUCCCACAGAAGUCAAACGGUAUCUUUCCUACCAGUCAGACACAAGGGGAGCCCAAAUGCACCGAGUAACACAGACUAUGAGCGGUGGAGGACUUCGCUGUUAGGUCAGCAGGGGGUGUCCUUGCAUAAUCUUGGUGGUGAGAAGACUUUACAGUGGUUCAUGGUUGGGAUAGUAAUUCACUGUAAUUUUCCUCUGUGACAGACCUCUGUAAACAAGCUGAUACUUUUGAAGCAAGUGUUGUAAAAUAUUCAUAAACAAAUAAGCGUUUUAAAAUGAGAAUACGGGCUCAUAAGGUCGAACAAAUUGAGGUUUGAUAUAAUAAAAUAUCUCUUUAAUAACACAAGUCUACACAUUUAAAUAAAACAAAAAGGUUUUGAUGCUGAGAUGUUUUUUUUUUCUCCCAGACAUUAAAAUCUCAUAUCCAAACGUCCUCAUGUCCCGUACACGGAAGUUUGUUUCUAAUAUCAUGACCAAAAAAAGCUACAAAGCUGCUACAUUUUCACUUUGUAAUACACUGAACAUACACACAAACCUCCAGAGGUUCAAGCUGCUAAAAGAUCAUUUUUUCCUUUCUUUGUUUUCUGUGUAGAUAUUGUAAUAUGUUUGUAAUGUACUGUAUGUCUACACACUGUAUUGUUUGCUGACA